GCCUCCGACAAAUAGGAGGUAAUCUGGGGGAGAGGCGCUAAGGAGCAAGUCUGGGAAAGAAGGGUUUUGGAACCGAGGACGGGAUUUGAGCUGAGCCUCGGAAAUGACUGACUUGGACCACAUGCAUUGCUCUAAAGGGGCGUCUUCCAUGUGCCCAGCACGGGGCUAAGACCCAAGGCUAGAAAGGAAAGGGAACAAGACCGUCCGGGUCCUCAAGGAGCUGACCGUCCAAUGGGGGAGUCACCACGCAAACAGCUCCGGGACCAACAAGUUUUAGACGAGAUAAAUCGGAGAUGAUCAAAAGAAUGGAAGGAGCUGGGGAAGGGCUCCCAGUGGAAGACAGGAAAAAAAAUCAGCAUAAACUGAUCGAUUCAUAGAGAAAGUCUGAAAACAUGUGCAGUGUGUAACACCUGUGGACCUCCCACCUCCACUAAGGGGUGUCUACAGACGCUGCUAUAUUCUAUUGAAGAUGUCUAACAGUAACACUACUCAAGAGACCCUGGAAAUAAUGAAAGAAUCAGAAAAAAAACUGGUAGAAGAGUCUGUGAGCAAAAAUAAGUUUGUAUCCAAGGCAUCGAGUAAAGAAGAAAUUGAGAAAGAGGUUGAGGAGGAUACUAAUGUUCGGCAGGAGACACAGAGACGGGCUUCCAACCAUGGACAUGCCAGAAAAAGAGCCAAGUCUAACUCUAAACUGAAGCUUGUACGGAGCCUGGCAGUCUGUGAGGAAUCUUCUGCCCCUUUUGUUGAUGGAUCGCUGGAAACCCAGGAUAUAAUUCAAUUGCAUAUCAGUUGCCCCUCUGACAAAGAGGAAGAGAAGUCCAUGAAAGAUGGCUCUGAAAAGGAAGACAAAGACAAAAAUAAAGAAAAGGUUCCAAGGAAAAUGCUGUCUAGAGACUCCAGUCAAGAAUAUACAGACUCCACUGGAAUAGACCUACAUGAAUUUCUAGUAAAUACACUGAAAAAAAACCCAAGGGACAGAAUGAUGCUGCUAAAGUUAGAACAAGAGAUUCUGGAAUUUAUUAAUGACAACAAUAACCAGUUCAAGAAAUUUCCUCAGAUGACCUCAUAUCACCGGAUGCUAUUACACCGGGUUGCUGCCUACUUUGGAAUGGACCACAAUGUUGACCAAACUGGAAAAGCUGUCAUCAUCAACAAAACCAGUAAUACAAGGAUCCCUGAACAGAGGUUCUCAGAGCAUAUCAAAGAUGAGAAGAAUGUAGAAUUUCAGCAGAGGUUCAUCCUGAAGAGAGAUGACACCAGCAUGGACCGGGAUGAUAACCAGAUCAGAGUUCCAUUACAGGAUGGAAGGAGGAGCAAGUCAAUAGAAGAGAGAGAGGAGGAAUAUCAAAGGGUUCGAGAGAGAAUAUUUGCCCGAGAGACUGGCCAGAACGGAUAUCUAAAUGACAUCAGACUCUCCAAAGAAGCCUUUUCUUCUAGCUCUCACAAAAGAAGGCAGAUUUUUAGGGGGAACCGUGAGGGCCUGAGCCGUACCUCGAGCAGCCGCCAGAGCAGCACAGACAGCGAGAUCAAAUCCCUGGAGCCCCGGCCCUGGAGCAGCACAGACUCAGAUGGCUCUGUCCGUAGUAUGCGGCCACCCGUUACCAAAGCCAGCAGCUUCAGUGGGAUCUCCAUUCUCACCCGGGGCGACAGCAUUGGGAGCAAUAAAGGAGGCAGCUCGGGAAGGAUCUCCAGGCCAGGUCUUACCCUAGGUGCCCCUGAAGUGUGCGGCCAGGUUGCCUCCUCCCAGCCCGUGCGGGGCCUCCUCCCUUGCGCCCCCCAGCAGCAGCAGCAGCAACAGCAGCAUCCGGCGCUCCCACCCGCACCCCAACAGCAGCCACCCUUGAGCAAUCACAUGAUCUCCCAGCCAGUCUCAGCUCUGCAGCCCUCUGCGCAGCCUGUUCAGUACUCUCCAAGCUCCUGUCCCCAGGUCCUUCUGCCAGUCUCUCCGCCCCAGCAGUACAAUAUGACGGAUGAUCUCAGCAACCCCUUUGGGCAGAUGAGCCUUAGCCGACAAGGUUCCGCCGAGGCAGCCGAUCCAUCUUCCGCCCUGUUCCAGCCCCCCCUCCUCUCCCAACACCCUCAACCACCUGGCUUCAUCAUGGCCUCCACGGGCCAGCCUCUUCCCACCUCCAACUACUCCACCUCCAGCCAUGCUCCCCCAAGCCAACAAGUCCUGCAGCCCCAGGGCUACAUGCAGCCCCCACAACAGAUACAGGUUUCUUACUACCCUCCUGGGCAGUACCCCAACUCCAACCAGCAAUACCGACCUCUUUCUCACCCGGUGGCCUACAGCCCCCAGCGUGGUCAACAGCUGCCUCAGCCAUCCCAGCAGCCUGGGUUACAGCCCAUAAUGUCCAACCAGCAGCAGGCAGCUUACCAGGGCUUGAUGGGGAUCCAGCAGCCACAGAACCAAGGCCUUCUCAGCAACCAGAGGAACAGCAUGGGGGGCCAGAUGCAAGGCCUCGUGGUCCAGUAUACUCCGCUGUCUUCAUACCAAGUUCCAGUGGGAAAUGAGUCCCAGAAUGUUGUCCAGCAGCCCUUUCAGCAGCCUGUGCUGGUCCCUGCCAGCCAAUCAGUCCAGGGGGGCUUACCGGCAGGGAGUGUGCCUGUGUACUACAGUGUGAUCCCACCAGCUCAGCAGAAUGGCACAAGCCCUUCGGUGGGGUUUCUGCAGCCCCCUGGCUCGGAGCAGUACCAGAUGCCUCAGUCUCCUUCCCCCUGCAGCCCGCCACAGAUGCCACAACAGUACUCAGGAGUGUCGCCAUCUGGACCAGGCGUGGUGGUCAUGCAGCUGAACGUCCCCAGUGUUCCCAAUGGUUCCCAGGCCCCGCAGACCCCGUCGAUGGUCCAGUGGAGUCACUGUAAAUACUACAGCAUGGACCAGCGGGGGCAGAAGCCCGGAGACCUGUAUAACCCUGAGAGCAGCCCCCAGGCCAACACCCAGAUGACUAGCCCUCUCACAUCGCCCACUCAGUCCCCGACACCGUCUCCCGUCACCAGCCUCAGCAGCGUCUGCACAGGACUCGGCCCUCUUCCCGUCCUCACACAGUUCCCCCGACCUGUUGGCCCAGCUCAGGGUGAUGGGCGCUACUCCCUCCUGGGCCAGCCAUUACAGUACAAUCUGUCCAUCUGUCCGCCCCUGCUCCAUGGCCAGUCCACUUACUCAGCACACCAGGGACAGACUGGAAUGAAGCACGGAAACCGGGGGAAGAGGCAGGCCCUCAAGUCUGCCUCCACCGACCUGGGGACCGCGGAUGUCGUCCUGGGGCGGGUGUUGGAGGUGACAGAUCUCCCUGAGGGCAUCACCCGCACAGAGGCCGACAAACUCUUCACGCAGCUCGCCAUGUCCGGCGCCAAGAUCCAGUGGCUCAAGGACGCUCAGGGGCUGCCAGGCGGUGGGGGCGGGGGCAGUGGGGGGGGCGGGGGGGACAACAACGGGACUGCCGAGAAUGGCCGGCACACAGACCUCGCUGCCUUAUACACCAUCGUAGCUGUGUUCCCCAGCCCUCUGGCGGCCCAGAAUGCCUCCCUCCGCCUCAACAACUCCGUGAGUCGCUUCAAACUUCGAGUGGCCAAAAAGAACUAUGACCUAAGGAUCCUGGAGCGGGCCAGCUCCCAGUAGGCAGAGGAGGGCAAGAGGCCAGCACCAUGGGUUGGGGACGGGGGUGUGGGCGAGGGAUGCAGGAAAAGCACAGACGGAGACGCUGAUCCCGACACGUGGAAACACACGGCGACAGAGCUAGGGAGGCCGAGGCCACCGAGACAGCGAGACGGGCAGACACGCAAGCACCGGACGCGGUCCGGGCUUUUCUCUGCCACCUUUUCCGCUCUUUCUCUGGCUGGCUCCUCUCCUCUCGGCCUCCAGGCCUCUCCCUUCUUUUUUGAAUAUCCCUUUCCCCCAUCCUGGCCUCCCAGUGCAUUUCUUUCAUUUUGGGGGGGUGGCAUGGAGGGGUCCUACACUCCCCCACUCCUCCCCUUUUCCGGCCACCCCUUCGCCUCUCCUCUUUUUGGUCUUUAUGAAUAUAUUUAUAUGGACAGAAUUAAGAAGAAAAAAAUAAAUUGAUUUUCCCCCUCCUUUCACUUCCUCCCAUCUUGUCUCCCCUAUCCCAUAAGUUCAAACCUGUGCCUACCCCUCCUCUCUCCACCCCGGCCCCCCAGAACACUUGUAUAUUGUUUGUUUGAGGUUCGUGCCGCAGUAACAGACACAGUAUUUAAUUGCACAUACAGAUGUUUGCUGGGUAUGUUCACUGUAAAUUUUAUUUAAUCUGGGUUUUUGUUUGUUUUGGGGGGAUGUUUGGGGGGUUUUAUUUUAUUUUUGUUUUGUUUUUAAAUAUAAAAAAAAUCGUCUGUCACUGGA